CCGGCCGAGGAAAGAGCGAAGGCGUGGAAGGUGUGCCCCAGCUAGCUGAGGAAGCUGUGGCAGCGGCGUCAAGCAACAUGGACAACGCAGGGAAGGAGCGUGAGGCAGUCCAGCUAAUGGCGGAGGCCGAGAAGCGAGUUAAGGCCUCCCACUCUUUCCUCCGAGGGCUGUUUGGAGGAAACACAAGAAUAGAAGAGGCUUGUGAAAUGUAUACCAGAGCUGCAAAUAUGUUCAAGAUGGCUAAAAACUGGAGUGCUGCAGGAAAUGCAUUUUGUCAGGCAGCCAAACUCCAUAUGCAGCUUCAGAGCAAGCAUGACUCUGCUACCAGCUUUGUGGAUGCUGGGAAUGCUUACAAAAAGGCAGACCCUCAAGAGGCUAUCAACUGCUUAAAUGCAGCCAUCGACAUUUACACAGACAUGGGAAGGUUUACAAUCGCAGCCAAACACCACAUUACCAUUGCUGAGAUUUAUGAGACUGAACUUGUAGACAUUGAGAAGGCUAUUGCACAUUAUGAACAAUCGGCAGAUUAUUACAAAGGAGAAGAAUCCAACAGGCAAGUUUCAGCUAAUAAAUGUCUGCUGAAGGUGGCAGCAUAUGCUGCCCAGCUUGAGCAAUAUCAGAAAGCCAUCGAGAUCUAUGAGCAGGUUGGAGCAAACACCAUGGAUAAUCCUCUGUUGAAGUAUAGUGCAAAGGAUUACUUCUUUAAAGCAGCUCUCUGUCACUUCAUAGUCGAUGAGUUGAAUGCCAAGCUUGCUCUUGAGAAAUAUGAGGAAAUGUUUCCAGCAUUUACUGAUUCAAGAGAAUGUAAAUUAUUGAAAAAACUUCUAGAAGCUCAUGAGGAACAGAACAGUGAAGCUUACACUGAAGCAGUGAAGGAAUUUGACUCAAUAUCUCGCUUGGAUCAGUGGCUUACUACCAUGUUGCUUCGUAUCAAAAAGUCCAUCCAAGGGGAUGGAGAAGGAGAUGGAGACCUAAAGUGAAACAAUUAAAAGUCUUUGUGGCAUGCAGUUAACUUCUCCUUAGUUUCCUCUUAGGGCCAAGUGAUCUUUAUGGGAUGCCCAUUUAAUGGCAUAAUUUUGUUGCACAUGAGCCAAAUGAUGUGUGUGAUUUUCAAGUUUGCUGUGUUUGUGUCAUUGUUAAGUGGAUGAGUAAGAAACUCCUGUGCAUACUGUGGGUAUGAUGGGCUAUUUCAUGCUUGCCAGAGUCCCCAGAGUUUUCUGAGACCUACUUCACAAUUUUCUUAUUAUUUAAUAUUUGCAGAACCCAUGUUUAAUUUUGCCACAUAUUUUUCUGUUCUUUUUCUUGAACUUGAGUACCCAACCCAAUUGUUCUAAUUGAUGCUUUGCAUAUUCUCUGUAAAUCUGCAUCUGGAUAUAGUCUCUAAGAGUAUGCCUUUAGUUUAGGGUGGCUGUUAGCAAUAAGUUUAUGACUUUGUUAGAAAUGUUUUAUUGUUGUUAUCUUGUGAUUCUUUUGAUGUUGCUAAUGACCAGUUUCUUUGCUUUUGAUAUUGUUCCCUAUGCUAACAUGCAUGUUAAAAUUCAGAACAGCUGGGGUCUGCCUGUGUCACAUUGUGAAAAAAGGGAACUUCCUGGCAGUGCUUGCUUGUGCGUGUGAGAAUGUCAAGGUCGGUUUGACUGCUGUGUAUUUAUAUACACAGGCACACCCUCACAAAUAUAUAAACUCUGUGAGAAACAGAAUUUUUCCUUUUCUUAGACAGUUUCUGCUUUUAGCUGGGGUAAAAAUCCCUUUCUUUUUAUUCACAUAAAGGCAUUGUAAUGGGCACGUACCUGUUUUUUCAUGUUCAUACUCUUUUCCAUUGAGAUGGGAUCCUUUAUGCCACAGUCAUGUGUACAUCCUCAUUGAGAAAGUGUUUCAGUAAUUUAUCCAUUUAUUAAAUCUUAUGGGUUAGGUAGGGUAAACAUGAUACAGAGGUUUAUUAUAUACCUCCAACUAGCUUCUGAGGGGACUUGAUUUUCCUCUUAGUUGAUGGAAUUGUAUUAUCUUCUGUGUUUGAACUCUAUCCUUUUGUUUAAAUAGCAUGUGCUCUAUUGAUUUAUGAACUUGAUCACAUGUUACAUGCUAACAUUGUAUUUUAGACAUGGCCUUGUUUCUUGAAUCUCCUAUAUGCAUAUUUUUAGGCUUAAAUGAUUUAUGUUUAAUGUGCAUUUGUUGCCAGAGAUAGCCUAUGUUUAUUUCUCAAUUGUGCUGCUUUCAUUAGUGACAAGUAAUGAAAUUCCCCAUCUUAUGUUAUAGUAAUUGGUAUUUAAGUGAUGUUUUCAUUUGUGUUUUUGUGUGUGUGUGUGUGUGUGUGUGUUCUUAAGAUUUUGUUUCAUUUUAGAGAGGGAAAGGGAGGGGGAGAGAAGGUGAGAAACAUCGAUCGGCUGCCUCUCGUUCAUGCCCCGUCCAGGGACUGAACAUGCAACCCAGCCAUGUGCCCUAACUGGGUACUGAACCAGUGACCUUUCACUUUGAGGGAUGACACCCAACCAACCGAGCUACAUUGGUCAGGGCUGAUGUUUUCAUUUUUGGUUGGCCCUCAACUGUGAUUGCUAGUAGGCUUUGUUAACCGGAAGUGGAGUGGGUGUGCCCAAAGGGCACAGUGGGAAGGAAGGUUUGGGAAUGGUGAAUAGGUUAAUCUGGGAUGAAAGGAAAAGUAGCAGAGAAGAAAGUUGAAAGGACCAGCUGAGGCCAGAUUGUGGAGGCUCUUUCUGAGGUGGCUGUGAGGAUUCUCUGGCUGUAGUUGUGGAGUAAUGUUGUACACGAGGUGGACUGAUGGAGAGGAAGAUCAGCUGAGGGCAGAGGGAAUGGACCAGAAGGCAUGGACACUCUGGCAUUGGGCCCUGGAAUCUGAUGAGGAUUUUUUUUUCCCUUCAGAAGUAACGAAUUCUUAAAAGAAAGCUGGCUGUCACUGAUAGUAUAAUUUGGAAUGAAGAUCGUUUGGUAAUUUUUUAUUUCCUGUUGGAACCUCUUGUGAAUAUAGAGAGAGAAAAGUGGGUUGCUGUUGCUUUACCUAAUCUGUUUCACAACCAUCCAAAUGCGCUUUGUAAAAGUUUUUUUCUAAAUGCACCUCUGUUGAAAGUGGGGCAUGGGGAGUUUUUGUAGCCCGUGUACUCUGGCCAUAAGUCUGUGCCAUCUGGAGGGCAUUUAAAUCCUAGCCAGCCAGCAUGCUUCUUUUAGCACUAGCCUAGAAGGUUUGUUUCCACUUGUUAAAAGAACUUCCUGGCCUGAUCACUUAAAGUAAAAACCAAAUGCUUUCUUUUAACACAAUUCCGUUUAUCUUUUAUCAUGAUCCUCUAAUAAACCCAUCUGAAAAAAAGGUAUGGUUUUUAAAAAUAAUGUUGGCAACAUUUCGUUUUGUCAGAGAUCUUGUUAUCUGUUUUGAAAUGAACAGUGAGAUCAGCAUCUGAGUCCAGAAUUCUUUUAAUAUUUCACACGAAAUGGUAAAAAUAAGUGUACUGACUAGAACAGACCUGCUAGAAGGUGAAAAGAAAAUGAGAGGAGAAAAGUCCCAUUAAUAGUAUCCAAACAUCUUCCUUGAAAUGUUCCAUUGUUGAACAUAGGGUAGUACCAUGACUCAGAAACUGAAGGAGGGUUCUCAGGAUUUAUAGGAUGUUAUAGGAUGUUAUUCAUGAACAAAAUAUGAUGACUGUUAAUGUUGCAGUUCUUGUAUUUUAGCAAAUCUGGGGUUAGUUCAAAGUCAGUUAACAUUUCUUACAGGAAAGCUUUACAUUUUGUGGCAACAUUUUUAUAGCUCGUGUGAGUUCCUUUUUAAUGUAAUGAUUUGAAAAAAGUAUUUUGCACAGUGGUGACUGUUGUAAUGGUGUCACUAUAACCAAAGUGUGUACAUUUAUUUUUUCCUUUGAUACUGUGCAUUUAAAAUAUCCAAACGCAGACCUUUGUGGCUUUCUUUGGAGAGUUUGCCAGCACAGCAUUGCUGCCUGUGAGCCACCACCUGUGGUAUGCUAGCAGGUUCCUGCCUGUGAAGUUCUGAGUUGGUCCCUGUGGUGUUUUCCUCUCUCAUGCUCAGGUAGAGGAUUGUAUUAUGAAAACUAACCAUGAAUCUACUUUAGCAGAAAAGAGUAUGUAUGUUUUAUGUGAACCUGUACAGUAAAUA